AUUUUAAGACAUCUAAAAUGCAGUAUACCAAUUCACAAACCUUUCACCCCCAUCAGAAAUGGCUUCCGCCGCUGCUCUUCCUGUAGUUACCGUUAUCCCUCUUGAGAAUGAAAUGGAGGCCGACGCCAACUCCCUCCUUCUACCUGACGUCAUGAAAGCCCCAAUCCGGCCCGAUAUCCUCCAAGACGUUUAUCGCGACAUCUCCAAGAACUCUCGCCAACCCUACGCCGUCUCUAGGUCCGCUGGCCACCAGACCUUCGCCGAGUCAUGGGGUACUGGUCAUGCUGUUUCCCGUAUCUCUGGUGUUCCUGGCGACGGCACUCACCGUGUCGACAAGGGUGCCUAUGGCAACAUAUGCCGCAGCGGCCGCAUGUUUGCUCUGACCAAGAUUUGGCGCCGUUGGCACCGCAAGGUCCCAGUCAACAAGAAACGGUAUGCCGUGGUUUCUGCCAUCGCCCUCUCUGCAGUGCCUUCCCUUGUCAUGGCCCGUGACCACAGCAUUGAGUCUGUCCUGCAAAUCCCCUGUGUGAUCUCCGAUUCUGCUGAGGCCAUGGAGAAAACCUCCAACGCUAUCAGUCUUCUCAAGAAAAUUGGGGCUUACCCUGAUGCUGAGAAGGCUAAGGACAGCCAGGGUAUCUGCCCAGGAAAGGGUAAGAUGUGUAACUGCCGCUACAUCUGCAGGAAAGGUCCUCUGGUUGUGUAUGGUACUGAAGGGGCUAAGCUUUGUUAAACUGCCGAUAGCUUUGUUAACCUAGCUUUGUUGCAUUUUUUUCCAAUUCGGCAGGAACUUCUCACCCAUAGAGUACAAUGCUAUUAAAUGCUCUUGAGGAGAUGAAAAAGGUUGGCUUUUGGAUAUGCUCAUGAAGAUGACUUCAGUUUGACACAAAUUGCUGCUUUAGUCUAUGUUUUUGCUUGGAAAGAGUACUUUGUUUUCUUGGAUGCGUAAUGGCUGUUACUAGUUGAACUGAUGUGGACUUAGUACUCUAUUGUUUGGAUGGAUAAUGGCUGUUAGUACUUGAACUAAUGUGGGCUUUGGAACCCAUUUUGGUUAAUGUGUGUUUUGAUGAAUUUAGAGAUGUUUAUAACAAUAUAUAUAUGAGGGUUCAUUGUACAUUAA